AUGGCACGUACGAAGAAGCCGCCACCAAAUCCACUCCAAAACGCCUCCUCUCAGACCGGCUCCAAGUUCUUCACACUACCACCAGAACUUCGUAACUACAUCUACGAGCUUGCCUUCAACGACUCGAGAUGCGCCAUCCUCUCUCUAUAUUGCAACAUGGAGUACAACACACCUCCCGGCAUCCUCACCAGCUGCAAAGUCAUCUACGCCGAAGCUCGCCAGCUGUACUACACCAACUGCGAGUUCGUCUCCCACGACAUCCGCGAUUUGCGUCGCUGGCUGGAGAAAAUCGGCACUGGAAGCCGGAAAUCGCUGAGGAAGUUCGCGUUGUUGACGGAUCCGUACAAUCAGAGAUUGCUGGGUUCUACGGUUUUCGCGAAGCAGGUGCUGUGUCAACUGGAUCAUAUGCUCCAGGCGAAGGAUGUUACGGUGGAAAUCGGUGCGAUGAGGGUUUUGGUGAAGGAGAACUGGUGGUGCUGGGAGCUAGAUAAGGAGGGGAAGAAGCGUGUUGUGAAGUUGUCAAGAGGGGUUUAA